AUGGCCAGAAUUGCCACUUUUCUCGCAUACCUUCACACGCUCUUGAUCCAGGUCCCGCAGAACGGGUACUACAACAUAUCGCGCCUCGUCCAGCCUCAGAUCCGAAGCAUCGCCGAGAGUUUGACCGCGAAUACCACUAACUCCGGCCGCGGUGUCGGCAUCGGCGUCGGAAAGGAGAUCGAGAUGCAGCCCAUGAAACCUAAUAAGCUUGAUGGCAUGAAGCAUGAUUCUACCACUACUGCUUCCCGGCGCGUGCGGCAAAGUUGA